AUGGAUUAUUCGAAGCUACGAGCCGCCGCUUUGCGGGACGGUGAAGACGAAGAAGCCGUUACUGUCGAUACCCGCGCUCUGAUCGACAAGGUUCUUGCGAGAUAUUCGGGAGAAUGGACAACAUUACGAGAGCUUAUUCAAAACGCCGCCGAUGCCCAGGCAAAGACGGUCAGCGUCAAGUGGGAAACGCUCCCAUCGACACAAGUGCCACUCCCAAGCACAACGAACCGAUCCGAGAUCCUGAAGCAUACAUUGUCAAACCAUACUCUGCGCCGGCUAGUUGUACAGAACGAUGGACAACCUUUCACCAAGACAGACUGGGGAAGACUAAAGCGUAUUGCUGAAGGUAACCCUGACGAGACCAAGAUCGGUGCUUUCGGUGUUGGUUUCUACAGUGUCUUCGCGGACUGCGAGGAGCCCUUUGUCAGCUCUGGUGACCAGGCUAUGGCAUUCUACUGGAAGGGGAAUGCCCUCUUCACCAAAAAGUCCCAGAUACCGGCGGAUCAAGCUACGCAUCAUACUACAUUCGUCCUGGACUACCGAAAUAAUACAACACCCCUACCCAACCUGCUAUCUGUUAGCCAGUUUCUUGCAACCAGUUUGACCUUUGUUGCGCUUGAGCACAUUGAGUUUUGGAUAGACGACCACCUGAUCCUAUCGCUUAAGAAGAAAUCAUCACCCAGUGCUGAACUUCCUUUGCCUCGAGAUCUGGAGGCAAGAACAAAGGAUGGGCUAAUGAAAGUGACGAGCGUCGAUCGCACAAGUACGAAGAUCGAUGCCUCCUAUAUGGCCGCUAUUGGAUGGAAACCACAGGCCGCAACAAACACCACCAAGACUGAUUCAUAUGGCGCUCCGGAAGCUCCUUCGUUGAGAUCCUUCUUCGCACGACUUACAUCAUCUGCGUCACAAGCUGGUAUAAGAACUAAGGCUCAGAGCGAGGAGAAUGCAGCGCAGGUGGCGAUUUCUGAAGAUGUGACCAAGCUUUCCACCUCGACAAUCUUUCUCCGGGCGACUUCUGCGAGCAUUCGCACUAGUGUUGCGGCUAACUUCGCAUCCGAACUUGAGAGAGCUACAAAGAAGCCACCGCCCAAGACAACAAAGAUUGCGAUUUUAACUUCCUCCUACGAUGAAGCCCAAGCUUCUCAAGACGCUGCUGCUCCUGGAGCGCUCGGCAAAGCUACCGAUGUGUUUGCCUCUGUGCUUCCUAACAAGAAGCCUGGUGGGCGCAUCUUUAUUGGCUUUCCUACAAUGCAAACAACCGGUGCAGGACUGCACAUCUCGGCGCCGUCGGUCAUUCCUACGGUAGAGAGAGAGGCCAUUGACUUGAACGCUCGUUGGGUCAGGACAUGGAACCUCGAAAUUCUUCGUGCUGCGGGUAUCAUUACUCGACUGGCAUUUGCGAACGAGAUGAGCGACUUGAGCUAUCGCAUUAGGCAGACCAUGGCCAAAGAGCCCAAGUUCUCUCCAGCUGUAAUUGCGAAGUAUAUGCCAGAGGCUCUUCACAUCCUCAAGACUUUCACUUUCGGUGACUCUACACCCAGCGGGCAAGUAGGUCAAAUUAUUGAGGAAGCUUUCUGGAUGUGUUUUAAGAAGGCCUCGAUCGAGACCUAUUCAACUCGAGGUGUGCUGCAAACAGCAGAUGUUCGCAUUGCUUCGGACGAAAUGAGUAAAUUCGUUGACAGCAUCCCCGUUGUGCCUGAAGAGAUGAAGAGUGUUCCAUUUGUGAAGAAGCUUAUAGACUUUGGUCUCAUCUCCCACAUCACUGUUACAGAUGUGAAGAAGGAGCUGGAGACGAAAGCCAUGAACAAAGUACAAUUGAUGAACUUCAUCAGUUGGGCCGGUAAAAAGAGUUUAAGUGGCGAGCUUGAUCCUGGUAGCCGAGCCGCUCUACUUGAGGUUGCUGUUGGUACAAUGAGCGACGAUGGGGAGCAGGGCGAGAUAAUUGCUCUCGGAAGCAUCACGAACCAUCUCAUUGCGAACAGGAUUCCUGCCAGUUUGCCUAUUCCACCUACAACUAUUCCUCAUGCCCUUACGGCAAACUCUCAGCAAGCGGAACUGCGCGCUUUGGGUUGGGAGCCUUUGGAGAUCCUGCCUUGGCUGCGAUUCCUCUUUGACACGAACUCAUCCAGGCCUGAGGAGCAGAACCUCACGCGAUCCCCCAAGUUUGCUAUCCAGGUUCUGACUGUUCUGUCAAAGAAUUUUGAAAACUCGAGUCCUAACGCGAGAACAACCAUUGUCUCACUUCUACAGGCCAGCACGGUGGUUCCUACGAAACAGGGAAUGAAGAGGCCUACAGAAUCUUUCUUCCCGAUUGUCAAGCUUUUUGACGACCUUCCUGUUAUUCAAGGUUGUGACAAGAUCAAGGAGAAAUUCUUGGUAACGAUUGGUGUCCGCAAAACAGUUGAUCUGGAGACCAUCUUCACUAGAUUGCUCAACGCCUCGAGUGAAGGGCAGCAGAAAUGGAGUCAUGUCGAACUCAUUAAGUAUCUGGCGUCGGUCCGUGAGGAUAUUCCUGGCGAGGAUCUUAGCAAACUAAAGCAGACACGCUUCUGUCCUGCCGAGGCUGGUCCUAAGGGCAUGGAGUCUACCAAGGGAACAGAAACGCUGUACAAGGUCUCGGAACUUUUUGAGCCAAAGGACGCCCUCCGUGCUUUGCAAUUGCCGGUUCUCCAGUGGCCUGGUCCCCCUGGCAGCUACCGGAUAGGCAGUGCAGAGGCUAGAUUUCUCAACACUCUCGGGCUUAGGCCUUAUCCUUCAGUUCCCGAGCUUGUCGAAAUGAUGUCGGGCAAAGAUGAGACUCUUCGAGUUUCUUCAAUGACAUAUUUCCUUGCCAACCAUCAGAUCAACGGGUAUGGAUCAUUCCAACUCGGUGGCAGCCCCAAGGCGAUCAUGCCUCUUCAGGGAAGCACGCGACUUGUACCCCCUUCACAGUGUUUCUACAACCCUCGAGCCUCUAUCCUUGGUUUCAAUAUUCUGAGGAGAGAUCUGCAUGAUCAUGCGAUCAAGUUCGGGGUAUCAAGAGAUCCUCCAAUGGUUGAUUGUGUAAACCGUCUUUUGGCUUCGCCUCCACAGGAUCAUCAGAACGCUGUGGCAGUCUUUGGUUACUUUGCGUCUCGAAUCACCGAACUGGGUGAAAACAGUCUUGUCAAACUACGCAAUGCCUCUAUUGUCCCCAUUACACGAACUUCCCGUUCAACUGAGAAGCCAACCCGUACCCAGGCUCAUGUCAGUCCUUCUCGGGUAUACCUGGGUUCCUCGACGACCUACGGCGACAUCUUCGACUUUGUUGAUUUUGGACCUGAGGCGAAUCCAUUCUUGUUCCAGUGUGGUGCCAAGAACGAGCCUACCAAGCUAGAGGUGGCACAUAUGGCAUGCACCGAACCAGCUCGUCUUCUUGGCGUACUCCAAAGUUCAGAGAAGUACUUGGAUCUUCUCAAAUCGUUGGCUGAAUCAUCAUCUACGCUUCAUAGAGAUAAGGAUCUUUGGAGAAGAAUGAAAUCGGCACCCUUCCUCCUCGCGUACAAAGAACUGGCCCCUCCUAAGAAGCAGUCGGAUGAUUUGGAAGAAGAGGAUGAGCCCAUCAGGCAAUAUCAACUCGCCUCUGCCAGUCAAAUUGUGAUUCUGGACGACAUCAUCAGCUACAGGUUGUUCAAGGAUCAGCUUAUUUGUGCGCCAGAAGAGGAUGCCCUCGAGGCCUUCUAUCUGUCACUUGGAGCACAAAGACUGAGCAGUAUCGUUCACGAGGAAAUUAAGAUUGGGCCUCACAGCGACCGACAGAAGCUUGCUCUCAGCCUGCGCAAACAUGUCGUCGAGAGAUCAAAGAUCUUCCUGUUCGAGUGGAACAACUAUCGACGCGACGCCAUCAAACAUGACGCAAAAUGGCUGGAUAAGAAUUUGACUGUCGACGUCGUUCGCUCGGUGGCUUUGAAAAGAACUCUGCAGGGACAGUAUCAAACUCACACAGAAAAACGCUCGGCUGCAAGCAAGAGGACCAACAACGGCUGGAUCCUGUAUGUGGCCGACGAAGCUAAGCCCGACAUGUAUCAGGUUGGACAAGCCAUUUGCCAAAUGUUGCUGAACCGCCCAAGUCAGCAAGCUUAUCUCUUCUUUGAACCGUUCCUUACGCUGGAUCUCUACGGCCUAAGAAAUCGCGGUUACAAUGUUGACCGAAUUCUACGGGCCAAGGCUGCCGAAGCCAGGAUUGCCGAGGAAGAGAGACGAAAGGCUCUGGAAGAGGAGCAACGCCAGAUCAAGGAAAAGGAGCAGCAGUGGGGGGCAGAAGCUAAAGCGGCCGAAGCUGCACGCGAAGCUACCAGAGUACCAGAACCCCUUGGUCCAACGAUGCCAGGUGCAUGGGAGUCACCGGAGCAAGCAAAGCCCACACAAGAGCAACAGAACAGGAAGAGUCGAGGAUUGUUUUCUAACCUAAGCCGUCGACUUGGAUUCGAUACUGAGCAAGAUGAUGACGAUUCUCGCAAGGAACUAAACAAGUUCUUGGACAAGCCCAAGGAGAUUGAACCAGCUGGGGGCAGCUCGUCUAACACUGGAAAACAACCCCAAAAUGAGGGCAGGGUGACAAGUCCUGCUGUGGUGCAGCAGAAUUUGCUCAAUGCUAUCAAGUCAACCCGGGCAUACGGAUCUGAUAGUGUCUUUUCAGAGCCCCAGGUCAAUGAAGUCAAGGAGCAGGCCACUUACUGCGACAAGACACCAGCACAGAACAUCACAUUCAUCGCUGAGGCGUCGAACGGCAUGAAAGUCUUUGCCUCCAAGGAUAUUAAAGAUCCUAGCCAAUUCCUGUCAAAACACUUGACCAACCUCAACGUAUUCGCCAGCCUCUUAAUUGAGGUCGGCAGCGUCUACUCCAUGUCACCCAAGGUCUUGCAUAUCUUCUACGAUGAGGCUGGUGGUACCAUUGCCUUCAACACUGGAGGCAGUAUCUUCUGUAACUUCCGGUUCUUCUUGCAACUACACGCCGCGCAGAUCGAGGCAAGAACUCCGCAGGCUAAGGCAGAGGCUGCGACCUGGUGGUGGGUUGUUUUGGCACAUGAGCUGGCACACAACCUCGUGACGCCUCAUAACUCUGAUCACAGCUACUACACUGAAUCCUUCAUUCAGCAGUAUUUCUCCAAGAUUGUGGCUAAGGCUGCUCAAUGGACGACAGCUCCUGAGCCUCGCAGCCAGGCGCCUCAGAUAGCAGCUCCACCAUCUGGAGCACCACCUCCUUAUCCUGGCGCAAGUACGAGCUUGGGCCGACGGAUCUUCAAGAUCACGACCUCACUCCCAGUAACGAACGACGUCAACGGCCACGCCUCGUACCUCGAGCGAAUCUCAAACCUCUCCACUCCCUACGUUCGAAUACCCGACGGUCAAUUGCCCAACAUGCACCGCAUCGCCUUCUGGUCCCUCUUCGCGGAAAUUAAAGGCCUCGGUGCCCGAUUCUGGCAAAUGGGUAUUGAGAUGCGCCCCUUCUUCAACAAGUCCUCCCUGUGGGUGUACCCCGUCUACGCGGCCGGCGGCGCCAGCUUCGGAUACUGGCUCCAGGGUGUCGACGACAGACAAACCGACACACUGAAGGAGCGAAAGGCUAUCCUUCUCGAGAAGCGAGCGCGCAAGGCGGAGCGAGAUGCUCAGGCUGAUGCUUAA